UCAUGGGCGCGCGCGUUGAGAAACUAUUUGAAGUUAAAAUGGCGGAAAAGGAAGCCUGUGGCACUCAAGAUGGUUCUCCAGGUUUUGGAGUAAAUUACAGCCCGAAAGAGGUCAUUAAGCAAACAUCAAAAAGAUCCUCGGAAAGCUACUGCUCAGCUCCUCCAAUCAAAUCUCCCCGCGCCGACUCCCCAUCACUUACAACGCAAACGACAGAUGCCGGAGAGGAACAGUCAGAGAGGAACAAACAAGAUGUCCACACAGAAAAUGAUGGAGAACCAUCAGUUCCUAGCCAGAGGAAAUCCUGGAGGAGAGCCACCAUAAGUCGACGUUCUCUGCCUGCCCCUCCAAACCCACUCCAGGCUUUGAGCAAAAGCAUCAGUACAUCCCUGUCCCAAGAAGAGAGGCUUGAGAAACUGUUGGAGGCUGCAGUGAAGUGGGCAUUAGACAGAACUCAGAAUUCCCUCCAGACAGUACCAAAUAGCUCCAUUGAAACUUUUCAAAAACAAGUUGAGCACAUCCAGAAAGAGUGGAGUGGCUUGGCUAAAAGCGUUUAUGAUGAAUCGCAUAGAGUUCCUUCAAGUUCAACAAGUGAGACUGACGUGAAAAGACUUAUAGAAGAUGUCCAGAAAGCCACAAACAGGCUCAACGAGGAAAAUCAGUCUUGGGAGGCAUUAUUAAGCAAACACCGCAAUAAAGCAGAAGAGUUGAAUAGGAUGGUGGAGAAGGGGCAAAAAACAGGCAUACCACUAGACAGUGCAGCUGUGGCUAAGUCUUCUGUGUAUCAUGUCAUACAAAAUAAACCAAACUACUUUGAUCUGCUCUGUAGGCAGAGACCUAUGCUACAUGCUAUGGAGAUGAUUAUGGACACUCAGUGUAAGAUGGUAAGGGAGCUUCUUUCCAUCAAGGAGAUGUCUCGCUUAUUGCUGAAGGAGACCAGUGGCAGACUGGCUGAAGAAGCAGGAUUCCAGGCUCUUCCAACAGACAUCCUCAAGAAUCUCAUGUCAGCACCACCGUCGACUGCAAGUACAUAACCAGAGAACCUUUUUAACUACCACGUGGGACUCGGAUUGGAAUCUUGAUCUUUGUUCAUAAUCCUGCUUUUGCAAAAUCCAAUUUGCGUUUGAAGUUUUAUACUUAGGGGGUUCUAUUAAAUGUAAUGCACGGAUUUGACCAGCAGGUGGCAGUGACAGAUUUUCCACAAAUCUGAGUAGCUUGGUGUUGUCUUAAAUACAUAUUUCUUUUAAGCCUUAAUUAAGGGGUUUCCCUCCUGUACAAAUUGGAAACUGUCUAGACUUGCAGCUAUUAACAAUAAUGUUUCUGAAAUGUUAUCGUUUAAUCUUUUAGAUUUUUCUUUAUAAAAUAAAAAAAAUAAAACUAAAUGUAUCCUCUUGCAUCUAUGCCCAUACCACUUAACCAUUGUGAAAAUUUAAUAGUUUGUUCUUAUAUUUUGAUGGACUUGAAAAUAAAUUGGAUUAAAAUGAGAAUAGAU